AUGGAUAACCCAUCCACUUCUAAGUAUAAUUCGCUUCAGGAGGAUUCUCAAGAACAGUCCUUGCCUUCUCUGAAUUCUUUGAACAAAGGAUUGAAUAAGGAACAACAAGAGCUGCAUGCUCAAAGCAGUGAUGCUGGCACAUUUCUUGGUUCAGCUAUAACCCCUUCUGGAGAAUUCAAGCCAGAAGACCCAAAGGAGACGAUCAAGAGAAUGUAUGAGUUUGCACUAAAAAAUGCUGACGAUCCAAACUGAGCAGGACUAUUUGCAAAUUUAGUAAAAUCAAUUCCUCAAAAUAUGUCCUCAAAGAGUCAAAUAAACACUGCUAACUACUCAAGUGAAGGACAGUGUAAAAUAGCCAUCCAGAAGGAUAAUCGACCAUCUAGCCCUAAAUGAGACUCCUCUUUCAAUACUGCCAGAGAGUCAGCCCAGUUGUUGGAAAGUAAGCAAGAGAUGCUUCUUGAUGAGAGCCAGCAAAUAAGGCACAAUUUGAAGACUAAAAAUUCCUUCCAUAACUUACCUGACUUUUUGAAAGAUAAGACUAAAUCUCAACUUGCACAAAGAAGAAGCAUUGACCUACAUUGAAAUGGUCAGAAUUUUAGCCAAACUUAUUCUCAAAGAGGUCUGGUUAAAGAAAUUUCUGUAGAAAACUCACUUCAAACAAAGCCUUUUCUGGAAAUUCAAAAGCUAGCUUGCUCAGUCCCCCCUCAGGUACAAGGAAUACCCUCAAUUCCAAUGCACCCCACACCUACAGCACUCUCUUACGCCAACCCAUCUCCUUCUAAAUCCCCAAUAAACCCCACUGGAGUAAAAGAGUACUCUUCUUUACUCUCAAUUUUCCCUCAGAGGCCUCCAAAGGCCCCUCUCCCGGCUACUGCCCAAGAAGAAGAGACCAAGCACAAGCGUGCAUGUACAUUUCCUGACUCUUUCGGAUCUUCAGAAAAUGAAAAUAAAAACACAGAUUUUGGAUUUACCGCUAAAUCUGAAAAUCAAGAUUUUUGUGAUGAUUUUUGAGGGAGAAUAGGAAGCGAGAAAGAGAGAUUUAGAGAAGGUGAUGGCGCUGAAAGGGAAGGAAUGGAGUGCAGAGGCUUGGAAGAGACUAAUAGACUCAUUAGAGAGGUACUUAGGUUGGUAGAAGGUACCCAGAAGAGGUGUGAGAGGAGUGAUGUAGGUGUUCAAGUUGACUUGUGUCGAGUAAAAUGAGGUGUUCCUAGUGAAGAUCCUGAGAUAUUAAGUAAAGAUAAGCCAUCUAAACUCAAAGUUGGGAAGAAUAAUACAAAAUUUUUAGUAACUCCUCCUAUUAAAAAUAAUGGAAAAGCUUGAUCACUCAUGAAAUAAUGGAGUCGGCUUGGAAAGGAAUCUAUAAAUCAAGAAAUGAUUAAUUCUUUACUAUUGCUCUUUUUUAUUAAAAUUCUAAAUGGUGUAACCUCACUCCAAUGUUUAUUCGUAAUCAGUGAUACUUCCAGAGCUUCGGCCGAGCCCAUCUUGGAUGGGAUGCUGACAAAGAGAAAUCCAAAUUUAGCAUCUCCAAUUGAUAGAUUGUUUGAGGAUAUUUUGAUCCUGAAUCAUUUAUCUGAAAAUCUGUUGAUUUAGUGACUUAUUUGAAGAUGAGCUUGACAACAAGUCAAUGGAUGACUCUUGUCAGUAUAUAAUGACUUUAUUUGAGAAGCUUGAGACGAACACAACAAUGAAGAUUGCAUGUUCUCGGGCACAGGUUAUACAGAUGCAGAUGGUGUCAUUAAGACUUAUGAAAAGCCUCAUCCUUCAAUAGUUUAUAAGUUAUUUAUUGGCAUCUUUGAGCUAGCUAAGACAUGCUAGACAUAAGUCAAGUCGAUUAACAUUUAUGAAGACUUCAAGAACAUCCUUGUCAAGUUAUCAUUUUAAUCCAAGAUCUUGGGAGUCUUUGCUUUUAUCAAUUGCUUGAUUUCUCAAUCACUUUGAUAGAAUAGUGUAUAAAGGCAUAAUUUCAUCUCAGAUGCACUGAGAAACUCUGUGUAGCUCAUGCAAUAUUUACCAAAAUUAUGUAAAUAUUCAAACACACAAAUAUGCAAAGAAAUUUCUGAAUCCUUGAAGAUAUUUCUUUAUCUCCCAGAAUCCACCUCAAUAAAAUUUUAGCUAGAACUUUGAAGAAUAUUGCAUCCAGAAGGCAAAUGUUAAAUUUCUGAAAUAUCUUACUCUAAUGCUGCAGAAAUUUGACUCUUUCGAUAAAACCAAGAUCACUAAGAAGACGGGUUUUAACAGUGGCUUAAAUACCAAGAACUCUUACAUAACUUGUGAUGCGAUCUCUACGAUCAUAAGUGACAUCACCAUAUUGACAACAGUCCUGAGGUAGACCACUCUCCAUGCUCCACUUAGCCAGAGGACAAAUGCAACCACUAAGACGAUACUUUCCACACCAUUUUGAUAAAUAUUAAGAGCGUAG